AUGCGUGCCUCUGAUAGAGGAUACGACAGAGGAGCCGGCUUUGAUCCUUCCUCCAUCUUUGCGUCAAUCUUCGACGCCUUUGCCGCCGAGCACCCCUCCAAUAAGGACAACAACAACGACACUACCACUGCCAAGGACAACGAAGACUUCAUUCCGGAAGCCGACAUCUUUGAUACACCCUCCUCCUACAUUGUUCACAUCUCUCUGCCUGGCGCAAAGAAGGAAGACGUCGGCGUGAACUGGGACGCUGAAAAAUCUGAGCUGUCUGUCGCUGGUGUGAUCUACCGUCCUGGCGAUGAGGAGUUCUUGAAGACGCUGGCGAUGAACGAGAGGAAGGUGGGACCCUUCGAGAGGAAAAUCAGGUUGGGUACGAGGGCCAACCCAGCGCAUGUCGAUGCGGAUGGCAUCACAGCGAAGCUGGAGGAUGGUGUGCUGAGGGUCGAGGUCAGGAAGGAGGAUGAGGGGUUUGUGGAGAUCAAGAAAGUGGAUAUCGAGUAA